AUGCCUUCCUCUCGUGCUCUUUCCCAUAAUCAAAUGUUUGCCGUGGAGAAUGAUUCGUUGGCUUCUACCAAAAGUUCCUAUAGCAUGCCUUUUGUUUUAUUCAGUCAAUUUCAAUAUCCACUAUGGAAUUGGCUAAAUGCUUUUUCAGAAGCAAUUUUUGGUAAGAGUACUUCUUCUUUUUCUUUCGUCGUAGGAAAGACUCAUUUUUCUUCCUUUCCUACUGUCGCUUUUCUGAUUACCGGUUACUAUGUGUCUAUUUUUGCGGGUAGUAGACUCAUGAAGAAUCGUUCUCCAAUUCGUUUAAAAAAGACUUUUCAAUAUUAUAACCUCGUGUUUUCUGUCACCUCCAGCAUUCUUGCUCUACUGAUAUUUGAACAAGUUGCUCCCAUGAUAUAUCAGCACGGGUUUUUCUUUUCCAUAUGUAACGAAAAGGCCUGGUCACAACCUCUUCUCUUUCUAUACUACUGUGCCUAUAUUUCAAAAUUUCUUGAACUUGCCGAUACUUUCUUUCUAGUAUUACGCAAAAAGCCACUUCAAUUUCUUCACUAUUAUCAUCAUGGAGCCACGGCCCUUUUGGUCUAUUCUCAAAUUGUGGGAAGGACUUCGAUCUCCUGGCUAAUUAUCGAAAUUAAUUUAUUGGUUCAUGUAGUUAUGUAUUACUAUUAUUACCUUGUCGCCAGAGGCAUCCGUGUGCCUUGGAAAAAGUGGGUUACCCGUUUUCAGAUCAUUCAAUUUUUUACCGAUCUAGGAUUUAUUUAUUUUGUUUUUGGAACUGAACUUUUAUACCGUUCAAAAAAUUACAACAAGUAUUGCUGGGGCCAUUGUUCUGGUGAACCCUUUGCUGCCUUUUGUGGUCUUAUUACCAUUUCUUCUUACCUAAUUCUGUUUGUUGUCUUUUAUCGCAACACCUACAAAAAAAAUGCUGCUGCCAAGAAAUCAAAGCAAAGUGCUCCCUCGAAUGUUUCAGAUAAUUUGCACUUGAAGCUCUUUUCCAAAAACAACGCUUCCUUAACCGAAUCUAGCUGCAACACACUUGUAAGCAACUUGGGUCCUAUCUCUUCUGGCAUAAGGAAGGACAAUUAA